AAGAAAAUUGAAAGAGUUGGAAAGAGAGAAGGAUGAUUGGUUGUAAGAGUUUGCUUAUCGUUCUCUUAAUUGUCUCUCUCUUUGCUCGUCACCAAUGUCACGAGCCGGAUCCCGAUCGCCACGAGCCGGAUCCCGAUCGCCAUGAGCCGGAUCUCCACGAGCCGGAUCCCGAUCGCCACGAACCGGAUCCCGAUCGUCAAGAGCCGAAUCCCGAUCAUCCAAAAGGAAUAGAAAGAUGUUUCCAUAAAUUUAUGGGAGAACCAUGGCAACUCGAGUAUUUGUGUUGUAUCAAAAAACCUUCCAUAUGCACUCCUUUCAUCUUUCCUGAAGAUUGCAUUAAGUGCCCGCCGCUUACAAAAGAUGAAACACCUUCUCCUUCGAUCGAUGCAACAUUGCCUGAUAUGUAAAAUGUUUAUUGACUGAUAAUGUUAUUUUAUAAAAAAAAAUCAUUAGAUAAAGUUUCGUGUAUCAUGCGGAAUUUUAGUCUGACAUUUGAAUAAAAAUAUUUGAGAAGA